AUGCCUGGUGGAAAGGGAAAGACUGGCGGCAAGACCGGUGGCAAGGCAGGCGACUCCAGCAAGACUCAAAAGUCGCACUCGGCAAAGGCUGGCUUGCAGUUCCCCUGCGGUCGUGUCAAGCGUUUCCUCAAGUCGCACUCGCAGAACAAGAUGCGCGUCGCCGCAAAGGCUGCCGUCUACGUCACCGCCGUCCUCGAAUACCUGACGGCCGAAGUCCUCGAGCUCGCCGGCAACGCCGCAAAGGAUCUCAAGGUCAAGCGCAUCACCCCUCGCCACCUCCAGCUCGCCAUCCGCGGUGACGAGGAACUUGACACCCUUAUCCGCGCCACCAUCGCCUUUGGUGGUGUGCUUCCGUCCAUCAACCGCGCCCUGCUGCUCAAGGUCGAACAGAAGAAGGGGAAGAAGGAUGUCGCAUAG